AUUAAAUUAUUGAUAGAUAUGGAACAACUAAAUUCCACUCCAAUUGCAAUCCCAAAGCGUAAGAAGAAGCAGGACGUCCAAAAAGAGAAGCAAAGAAAGGGAUACAAGCAACCCGAGAACCUCAAGGAAACCCCUCAAUUUGGAUUCUUUAAGCAAGAGGAAACCAAGGAAAAGAAGCCUAAGAAAAAGAAAAAUAACAGACAACAACAUUUGGGAAGUAUGGAUGAAGAUGAAAUGUUCUAUGAUAGUGGGGAGGACUCUGACGAUUCUGAUGAAAUAGAAGAUAAGCCAACAUAUAAACCGCAAACAAUAAAACCCCAAGGUCUGGAGAAUACUGCAAAUAUCAUGAUGGGAGGAGCUCCUCCAAAAUCAAAGCACAAAUGGGAGCCCCCGGUCAGCUCAAACCUUAAAGACACAUCAAACGUGAUGGCUGAUCUCCAAAAGAAGAAGGCUCCUAGUAAGAAGGAGGUUGAUUUACAAGCAACUUCAGGUUUUGCUCCUCCAGCAGCUACUUCAAAAUCCUCUAUGUCUUCAGGAGAUGACCUUAAAGCUACUGCGAACAUUAUGCUUAAGGCUAAAGGGAAGCCAAAAUACGCUCCAUCUUCUGAGGAUAAUCUGACUGCUACUCCUGAUAUAAUAGCCCAUAAGAAGCAUCCUGCACCUAAGUUUCACCAUGAAGACAAGAAAACUGAAGUAGUAACAAAACCUAGAAGAGUAGCAUCUAAGAAGUAUAAAGAAGGAGCUCUUGAUCAAACACCUGGCUUCUUCUAAGUAAAAAUUUAAGGACCUUCAAGUUGUGCACUCCUAUGUUCUCAGAAAUAACGUGUUGCCUUAAUAACUCAAUUU